UCGAUUCGGUCGCUGUUUUGACCACGGUUUCACGCCCACGAAGUGUUUAACCGAUUUUUUACCCAGUCCGUAGGAAAGUCGAUUUUUACUCGGUGCAGAAGAGUGACGUAAUCGUUUAGUUACCAUGUGGUGAUACGCGGGUGCGCAUGACACUAUAAUGCCGGGAAUGUUUCACGUUUUCUUCGAUUUGACGCUUUUAUGUAAUUUUCUCUCUGGUCACAUAGUUUUAUCGAAGUGUUUAUAGUUUCUAUUAAAGAUUUUUGGAAAUGUCACCUUCGGAAUCCCUAGAUCGUUCUGCAUUCUCCAGAUGACACUCUGAGCAGACUCUUCUUCACCCUCUCUCAACCCCGCAUGGUCACGAUGGACAAGGACGACCUCAUGUUCUCCAAGGACGACAUAAGCUCCCUGGACGGUGACGUCAGCGCGUCCAGCGACCAGCUGGAGCAAGAACUCAAUGACGUCAUGGCCAACAAUGGUGUUCAACUCACCCCCGAGGGUAAACGGAAGUUGGAUUCUCCAGAGGAUCCGGAUAUGCCGGAAUCUCCCCGGAAACAGUUGCAGCUGCAGCAUCACAACAACAACGACGUGUCUUUCGUGCUGAUAGAAGAGGAUGGAGGGGGCGGCACCGGGCCUGACGACUUGGCUUCUGGAGACGAAGAGGAUCGGCUGACGGGCCAUGGGACCAUCGCGUCCAUCGGGUCUGGUGGAGGUGGAGGGUCUUCGCCCUUCAGCCCUUCGCACCAUCAUCACCACCACCACCGCAACACUCCCACCAACUCCACACCCUCCAACUCCAUGUCCGGCCCUCACCAACACACGGACUUCCAACCUCCUUACUUCCCGCCGCCGUUCCCGCCAUCCCAUCACCACCAACAUCAACCCUCCGCCACCGGGUCGCCCGCCGCCAUGGACUACCUUGCCGACCCUUACAGUCAGACCCUGAACACCCUUCAUCAGACGGCCCAGGCGGCUGCCCAUCACUACAAUCAGCUGACUGCCGCCGCCGGCCGCCACGACGUCCUUAGGAGGUCGGACUCUGACCUGCAUGUGACGAAUAUGCACGCCUCGUUUCCGUACGACGGGCAGAGACGGACCGAGUACGGCGUCCGCAGGUCGGAUGUCCUGGGCCAAUCCCAUCCUGGGAUAGACGAUCCUCUAGUCCUUCACAACGCGCUGUCCGCAGCCGUCGACGAUGGCCAGAACACCAACGUCGACGACACGGGCUUUAUUAGUGACCUGCCUCUCCUCAAAAGGGUGUCUUCGCCGUCGGACGUGUUCUGCAGCGUCCCAGGAAGGCUCUCGCUGCUCUCCUCCACCUCCAAGUACAAGGUCACGGUGGGCGAAGUCCAGAGGAGGUUGUCACCUCCCGAGUGUCUCAACGCCUCCCUCCUCGGCGGAGUCCUCAGGAGAGCGAAAUCGAAAAAUGGCGGACGGCUGCUGAGGGAAAAGCUAGAGAAGAUCGGCCUCAACCUGCCUGCGGGGAGAAGAAAAGCUGCAAAUGUUACAUUGCUGACGUCACUAGUUGAAGGUGAGGCGAUACACUUGGCCAGAGACUUUGGCUAUGUCUGCGAGACAGAGUUUCCUGCCAGACAAGUAGCUGAAUACCUUUGUCGCCAACACACGAACGAUCCAACAGAGACAUACAGGCGGAAGGAACUCAUCCACGCUACCAAACAAGUAACUAAGGAGUUGAUGGAUCUUCUCAACCAAGACAGAUCUCCGCUCUGUAACACUCGGCCACAGCAUAUCCUGGAGCCGAGCAUACAACGACAUCUCACUCAUUUCUCACUCAUCUCGCACGGCUUCGGUAGUCCAGCCAUCGUAGCAGCCCUCACUGCUAUACAGAACUUUCUCUCAGAGUCGCUGAAACACUUGGAGAAGGUUUACCCAUCUGGCAACAGUCUUUCAGUGACGUCUUCUCAACAAGGAGGUCCUGUACUGUCAGAUACCAAGCCUAAAGACUUGGGGUCUGAGAUGAAAAAGUGAGGCUGGUUCCGACGGGCCCCUGAGGCCCCUCCGCCUGCUCCCACCCCUAUCACGGCCAUUCGGCACUCCUGGCCCUACAACUGACAGGUCGAAGGCUAGCUGCGGAUCCAACAGAGUUGCAUCAAGCAAGAAACUUCAGGGAUAUGACUGGUUACUUAGAAUUAGGAAUCAAACCAAAAUCAUGAUUUACAGUACUAUCAAAUUUUAUUUGGGUAAUCGACAGAAAUUUUGAUGAACGUGGCUUUAACAACCUACGGAAUCUUAAAGUUGUUUAUCUAAGUCCUAUAUAAAGUUACUUGAGUGUUAUUUAAGUUCAACUAUGGGUUAACUUACAUAACAGUAUAAUUUUAACAUUAAAUGCAAUGUAUUUUGCUCAAAA